GAUGUUGGCACUUGUUGAGAAAACGCGGAACCCGAUACCCACUGCACUACAGUCUUUGCACUUCUCUUCCUCCACUCCACUUUCUUCGCUGAAGCUUCUCUUGCAUUUUUACGGUUUGGGAUCGAUGAGCUGUCAACUGGUGCUGUAUGUCGAUCGUCUGGUACGUCCUGUGAACGUUGAGACGGUGACUCUUCCGACUCAGUUGCUGUCUGAUCCGUCUCCGGCGACUAAGUCCUCGGACGUUGCGGGACCCUCUAGUUCUGCGCCGCUGGCGGAUAGCGAUGAUGCUGGGCCGAAGCAUGAUGAGGAUGGUGGUGAGGAUGAGCCACUGAUACCGAACGCGGAGUGUCGCAUUUGUCAGGAGGAAGAUAGCAUUAGCAAUUUAGAAAUACCUUGCGCCUGUAGCGGCAGUCUGAAGUAUGCCCAUCGAAAGUGUGUCCAGCAUUGGUGUAAUGAGAAAGGAGAUACAAUUUGUGAGAUAUGCAAUAAGCCUUAUCAACCUGGUUAUGUUGCCCCUACUCCUUGCCCUAAUCCUGAGGAAACUGCCAUUGAUAUUGGUGGAGGCUGGACGAUCUCUGGCACACCUUUGGACCUGCAUGAUCCUCGGAUCUUGGCUAUUGCAGAGGCUGAACGCCAGUUCUUGGAAACUGAAUAUGAUGAGUAUGCUGUUUCUAAUGCCAGUGGAGCUGCCUUUUGCGGUUCAGCUGCUUUAAUUUUAAUGGCCCUUCUACUCUUGCGGCAUGCAGUUUCUGUUCCAGAUGCUGAUGCAGAUGAUGAUCCAUCAACUGUCUUCUCUAUCAUCUUACUUCGUGCAGCUGGAUUUCUCUUACCUUGCUAUAUUAUGGCUUGGGCAAUCAGCAGCUUGCAACGUCGGAGGCAAAGACAAGAGGCAGCAGCAUUGGCAGCGACCCAAGUUGCUUUUGUUCUCCAAUCUGGGCAGCGGAGGGGCCUGCAAUUCGCCAUAGCACCAGGACCGCAGUUUUGAUUAAAAGCAUUUCUGGAGCUUUGUGGAUGUUUUUGGAAAGCUUUUGGAUGAAGAAAUCAAGAGCAAAAUGAAUGAUUUUCGUUAACUGUAAAAACAGUGCAAAACUGUCAAAGUCGUCUCAAAGUCGUGACUUUCGUUCGCGACUUUCGUCGCUGUCAGAAAAAUGCUGCGUUUCAUUUAUCAAAAAUUAGUUGGCUAGGACACAUAUAAGCUGAGAGCUCGACCCAGAACGCAUUCUUCAAACUUUUAGACACUUUUGAAACUUGGUUGUGCUGGGGUUUGGGCAUUGGAAGAGUUGGGAUCAAGAGAUUGAAGCUUUGAAGACAUUUGGAGCUCAUUUUCUUUGGUUUUUCUAUUCCUCUUCCCUUUCCUCUCUUGUAAUCUGAAAUGGGUCCACUUAUUUUGUAUAUUUAUAACUUGUGGAUGAUUACGAGUAGCUAAACCCUUUGUUCUAGAAUUAUUUAGAACCCUUGUAUGGAUUA